GGUCUCCUAGCAACCCCAGCGGAGACAGUAAACAUUGCCCCUGUCGGUUUAUUUCAUCUCGAGUCAGUGGAGUUCCAGAGGUGUAUUCAACAUGCCCCCGACAAGAGACCCCUACCCCUAUCCGAAGUUAGAAAACGAUGACAUGUACCUCGGAGGAGCAAGGAGCCGCUCGAAGAAAGUUCCACACUCCAAACCCACGCACUUGGCGCAGCAGGAGGAUCCCUGGAACCGCCUCAACGCGCGAGUAACCCUGGCCAGCGCCAGGAGAGAAAGAUUUCACUUCGACCAAGAGGCACCGAGAGACAGUUUGGAUUUCCAUCUUAAGACCACGUACAACCAUCAUGAGGAAUUCCUGAGAGACACGAACGAGACCCUCUUUCAGAAAGAAACCUUUAGCGAUGACCACGGGAGAAUCUUGAAGAACCGAGUGAAAGAACCGCCUGCCCCACCAGAACUCCAAAGAACUCCCAUCAGGGUCUGGACGAACCCCCAGAAAGAAUCAAUCCACAGCACACACGGAGCUGUAGAAAGCCAUCACAACGCAUCUACUAACCGGGGAUACUCGAGGAAGCACGACGGCGGCUUUUACUCCGUUUAAUAAUCGAGCGAGGGUGCUUGGAUGUAUUAGUGUAGUGCUCGCUUCUCUUCUUGUCAUGCAUGCACUGUAGAUUAUGCAAUGCGCUCUGGCGCUGCACGCAAACCCUGUUGUUUUAGCACUGUGAACACGCCUGUAAUAAACACUGUGAACACGGCAUUUCUGAAAGUGCAUUUUGUACAAUGAACACGUGAUUGUGCUGCUCCCAGAAUAGAUGCAUGAAUUAAAACCAGCAAUAUAACUUUGAGAGUGGUCAUUAAUUCACCUUGCAGCCACAGUAUCGAUCAAUAUUGUUUUUAAUUAUUAUUAGCACGCUUCUCUACACCAAAUAUAAAAAAAAAAACCUUAUCUCUGAAAUCACUUGCGCGUAUGUUCUCGCCCACACCAUUUUCAGUUUCACACAGACACUAAGACACACACACCGCAAAAGGAAAACGCGCACGUAUGGUCUGAUCAGAAUCGCCUCUAUACUCAUCGGCCAGGGUAACAGACCCGGAAUGAAUCCCGAAUCCGGCCCCAGCACUAGUAUAUCUGAUCAACUCAUCACUUCAGAACCACCAUCGUGGAUUUGCCUUGAUUUAGCGAAAUUGCCUCACGCACACUGCUAAAUAUUUAGCUAGCGUGUCGGAUUUUUAUCAUCUCAGCACCAGAGCAAGGCUGAAACUCUGACCUGAUCAAAUAAGAUCACUGUGUAGUUUUUUAAAUACAAGUUUACAAUUACCAGUCACACAAAACAAAAGCACACUUCUCUCACAUCGCUCACUCUCCACACGCACACACAUCUCCCACUCCCACUCCCACUCCCACUCCACACGCGUCUGCAAGCCAAGGCCACAGAGCGUGUUCUUAAACAGUGCUGCAAUGCAUCCUGGUCCGGAAAGGAAGGCGAGUCAAUGAAAAAAAACACGAUGUCCUCUUCUAUUGGCGACCCCUUGUGACUGGAAGACGAAACUACACACACUCUCAACAAAUUCGAAUCCCUCCCUACAAUAAAGUACUGUACUGUUGAUAAUACAAGUGUCCAAAAACACUGUAAUACUAAAAAAUAAAGCUUAUUAUCUAGCAGCUGAGUGUUAACAGCAUUACGAACUGUGAAGAUGAUUUAAUGACAGGGUACCGUAUUAUUACCCUUCAUCGGUUUGGUAGAA